UCCAGAUGUAUUAAUAUACGUGGCUUUGUAAAGCCUGUAUAAACCAGCAGGCAUCCAGAAAAUGUCGCCAAUUCGUGAAUAUCUUUGUGUGGAUGAGAUAACUGGUGAAUGGGAGAAGCAGACCGAGGUGUUUUGAAGUUGCCCGUGUGUGUGUGUGUGUGUGUGUGUGUGUUUGAAGUACGCAGAGCAGCUGGCUUUGUGUUUGGUGGACUCCUCCCGCUUUGUGUGAUGAAGUUCGGAUGCGCGCCGUUGUUCCGUACGCGCGUCACCAGCGCGCAGAGGAGCUUCCCGACGCGAGGGGAGAGGAUGGAGCCGGAGAGACGUGUGGCUCACGACCACGGGAGGCUCUCAAUGUGGCGUUAACGCCUCGCCAAAAAAAAAACAAAAAACUGACGCUCUCUCCUACUUUUCGCAGGAUAUGUCCGACUCGAGCUGCUCCGGUUUCACACAUCGACCCCUUUCUCGUCCGUCUUCCAGCGCAGAAGCUUCCAGCAGGGCGACGUGGACCGUAAAACCUCCGCUCGGUGCGUCGUACGUUAUGUUGUAGUUUACUCAAAGGGGAGCUGGGUGUGUUUUCUUUCUUUUCUUCCUCUUCUGCUUAUUUCGGGAUCCGGGAAAUGUUGGCAUGGCUGCCUCGGGAGCACAUAAGUGUCCGAAGAGUGAGAAGUUGGACGAGGCGCAGGCUUUGGCCAAGAGCUGCGCGGGGAGACCAGACUUCCUGCCUUGCGAUGGACUCUCCAUCUGCGCGACGCACAGCCACGGGAAGUGCUUCAAGCUGCACUGGUGCUGCCACUUGGGCUGGUGUCACUGCAAGUACGUGUACCAGCCCAUGACCAAUGUGUGCCAGCUGCCCAGCACAGCUGUGCCGCCUGCUGGGACCGAGUACAGUAACACCAUGGACCUGUCCCUCUCUCUGGCUGAGCGCUUCCUGAAGCUCGCCCCCUGCUUCCAGUCCCCGCCUCACCUGGAGUCGCCCAAGUACUGCGUCAUCGCGGACCUGUUCGUGGAUGACUACAUCGUCAAGCGCAUUAACGGGAAGAUGUGCUACGUGCAGCGGCCCCCGCCUCCCUUACCAGAGCCGCCUCAUCCUCCUACCCCUCCCCCGCCGGCUCCCUCUUCGCCUCAGAAGCCCGCAAAUCCCGCUCAGCGCCGGCAGCCGCCGAAGCCUACGCCAGCGGCCCAGCACGCACCUGCAUCCGCGCCUGUGCAGCCGGUCCAGCAGGUGUACAGUGAACACAAGCACCCCUCCCCCGUGGAUAAGAUAAAGGGCCCCAAAAUGGACCACUGCUCCUCUCCAUCCAGCUCCGAGGACUCUGGCAUCAAUGCGCUGGGUCUGCACUAUCUGGAGUCGUGCGAGGAGGAGAGCGAGGAGGAGGAGGACGACGAGUUGAGCACAGACGGGAACUCCAGCCCUGGCAGCCUCUGGGAUCAGGACGACUGUUCCCUGCUUUCCCCUUCCAAGUCUAUGAUAGAGAUCAUUGAAAAGAUCGAAACAACUGUGUAACCGACACGACAUCGACUCCACAGGACAGCAUCAUACAACUGAGAAUAACACCCAACAAACAAAGGAUUUAUUCCACAUGGACCAAGAGGACACGAACGCCUCGUCCACAGGGCUUGUCUGGAUCUUGUUUUCCUGCAGGUGGUCGAGGACUGCACUCACACACAGCCUCCUCCUCUGUCCACACCCCCUGCAUGGAGUGAAUUUCUAGAACUUAUUACUAUACAGGAAAAAAAAAGAAAGCACAGAAAUAUCAAGCACAUGCACAGUGGACCAAAAGGACCCGUUACCUUCUACACGGUAAUUAUACAGCGAAAACUACAAAAGGAAUCUAUAGUAGGUGCGCGUCCACGAGAGUGACGACUUCCUCUGAGACCUCUCUGAGCUGUAUAUUACUGGAGCUAAAUUAUGUACGAAACAAAGGUGGUAGGAGUAGGUCUCAUUGCGAUAAUGAGCAGUUAGGUAAUUCUUAGUGUUCUCCAGUCGUCAAUCUGGCAGCAACUCCAAAUUUAAAUGGCAGAUAAGCCUUCAAUAUCUUGUUCUCCGGUCAGUGGCGCCACCCACACGUUUUAAUAAUUCUGACACUCCUGCAUUAAAAGUACAAGGCCAGCUACCUCUCACAGGGCCUGAAGCACAUCACAGCCUUUUUACCCGUUAAUUACUCAGCUCCGAGCUGUAGGGACACACACCUGCUUUUGUCACGUUAAUAACACAGUCUGUCUGCACUUUACUGACACCAACACGAGCAGUAGGCAGUAGGUAGGUCAGUGUUCGACAAUCAAGAAUUACACAGAAGCACAUUCCUAUAGUGUACCUGCCAGCGAGAACCAAUGAUAAAUAAUUAAUCAGACGAUUAACACGUCGUUCCGACCACCCUUCUCUGGUCCGAACUGAAGUGCUGCUCAAGGUUAAAUGAGAUGUGAAGCAAAACAUGACUUGUAUUGACCUCUGUUAGCAGCCAAGAAAUGAAAUAGCACGGAGGUGUCUCUGGCAGAGCUACAGCGACAGGAGUAGGAGUCACGUUGUCACAGCAGAAACUAGAAAACACCUAGAGAAGAGGGAAUAUAUCUAAUAUAUACAUAUAUAUAUAUAUAAUAACUUAUAAUAAAACUGCAUUGUUAUUUGCUUUUUGGGCUUGGCGGUGAAAUGUUUUGUGAUGCCAGCUGAAAGAAAGAGGUGCGCAGGCAAGGAUAGACUAAUGAAUAUGUCAUGGUUAUUUGUGUUAGAGGGCAUAAAAAUGUCACCUAAUGCUCCUUUAAAAGGGAGAAUACAGUAUGGGAUAGAUUGCUGAAUAGGUGUUGUGAUGUUGUGAUGGACAUGAUGUUAUAAGAAAUACAAGCAAAUAUAAAAUUAGUGAGACGGCCCCUUAUUAGUCAGUUAGUCAAUGAAGAUGGGCUGGGUCUGUUUGAUUUUUUUCUUCCUAUGUUUAGACUUAUUUCCUGGAGCGUUAUCUGCAAAAAUCCACUAAAAAUAGUCACAACUAUGUAUCGCUACAAUGCUACACUAGAUGUUAAAAGAAGUAAUCUUGCAUGACUGCAUUCCUUUGCAGAAGUCCCGUCAUGUCAACAACCAAUUUAACAGAAAUUGUGAUUCAGAAACGGGGGACAAAUCCUGUAUCUGUUAUUCAAAUAAACAUGUUUUUUAUUCAGGGACAGCCCUUGACAUUACACUCAACACAGUCCCUCUUAAUGCAGUUAAAAACAUGUCUUUUGUUCUUAUUAUUGUUAUAUUAUUUUCAUAUGAAUAAAUCCUAAUGAAACUCA